UUGCUAGAGAAGAUGGAACAUGAUGACAUUUGUAAUAAAACUCUGAAGAUUACAGACUUUGGUCUGGCUAGAGAGUGGCACAGAACAACCAAAAUGAGUGCAGCAGGGACAUAUGCGUGGAUGGCUCCAGAAGUUAUCAAGUCCUCCAUGUUUUCUAAAGGAAGUGAUAUUUGGAGUUAUGGAGUGUUGCUGUGGGAACUGCUUACAGGAGAAGUUCCUUACCGUGGCAUUGAUGGCCUUGCUGUGGCUUACGGAGUUGCUGUCAAUAAGCUUACUUUGCCCAUUCCAUCUACCUGCCCUGAACCAUUUGCAAAAUUAAUGAAAGAAUGCUGGGAGCAGGACCCUCAUAUCCGACCAUCGUUUGCCUUAAUUCUUGAACAGCUUACUGCCAUUGAAGAGGCAGUUAUGACUGAAAUGCCUCAAGAGUCUUUCCAUUCCAUGCAAGAUGACUGGAAAUUGGAAAUUCAGCAGAUAUUCAAUGAAUUGAGGACCAAGGAAAAAGAGCUUCGAUCACGAGAAGAGGAGUUGACAAGAGCAGCUCUUCAGCAAAAAUCUCAAGAAGAAUUACUUAAGCGCCGUGAGCAACAGUUAGCAGAACGUGAGAUCGAUGUACUGGAGCGUGAGCUGAAUAUCAUGAUAUUCCAGUUAAAUCAAGAGAAACCCAAUGUAAAGAAGAGGAAGGGCAAAUUUAAAAGAAGCCGGUUAAAACUUAAAGAUGGACACAGAAUUAGUUUGCCUUCAGAUUUCCAGCACAAAAUAACAGUGCAGGCAUCCCCCAAUCUGGAUAAGAGGAGGAGUUUAAACAGUAACAGCUCUAGUCCAUCAAGUAGCCCCACAAUUAUUCCUCGUCUUCGAGCUAUACAGUUAACUUCAGAUGAAAGCAACAGAACUUGGGGAAGGAACACAACUUAUCAGCAAGAAGAGUUUGAAGAUGUGAAGAGAAGUUUUAAAAAGAGAGGUUGUACAUGGGGACCAAGUUCAGUUCAAACAAAGGAUCGUGCAGAUUGUAAGGACAAAGUAAGACCCCUUUCAGAUGGCAGCAACCCUUGGUCAACCCUUUUAAUGAAAAAUCAGAAGGGUGUUCCCUUAGCUUCACUAUUUGUGGAUCAAGGUGUCUGUACUGAUAAGAAACUUCUCCCUGAAGGUUUGGACAGUAAAAGACCAAAGCCAAUUAAGUUGCCAAAUCAGGCCUAUAUUAGUCUACCUCUUUGGAAAGAUGAUCAGGGAGACAGUACAGUAGAACAUGAGAGCUUUGAAGAAGGAACUUCUGCUAGUUCUACAAAUAGUACUCCUCAAAUGACACCUACAAACAGCCUGAGCAGGACGCUGCAGAAAAAGAAGACUGAUUCAGUGCUGUAUGGGUGUGCUGUCCUCCUUGCAUCUGUUGCCCUGGGCUUAGAUAUCAGAGAGCUGAACAAAUCACAGGGUCCAGAUGAACUCUUGCCUAAAGAUGAGAAGAAGCGGCGUGAUGGAAUAUUUCAGCGUGCUUCAAAAUUUCGUAGGAGUGCCAGCCCUACGAGACUGCAGUCCAAGAAAGAGGAAACAAGUAUUCCAUCCCUAAAUCCAGCUGCAAAUACUGUGAAUCUUCUCUCUAUGCCCUCCAUUUCCACAAAAUGCCUACUUCAGUCUGACAGUGAAGAUGCAUUUGUAAGCACUGUGCUUGGUGACUGUGGUCCAUGUAGUUCCACUGAUGACUUUUCAUCUGAAACUUCUGAAAGUAAGAGAGAACAGAGGAUACCGCUGGCUCCUAACACAGUUUCUACACGAUUAAGAAAUCAACCUUUUAAUCUUUGUCUGAAACAAGAAUCUCAAAAUGUGCCAAAUGAUUCCUCGACAAAGUUAAGUGUGUUGGGUCACAGACGAACCUUAUCAGAUGGGAACAAUUUUCAGGCCACAGCUAAUGGAUUUGCUUCAACCAAUGAUGUCUCCACGUUACCAGUUCUGUCAGUUACUGGAACUCUGCACUCUCCGUCUGUUCAACAAAGAAGCAAUCACAGUGGUGUUUCAACUGAAAAGCAAAGCGCUGUCAAUAUUAUAUCAAGGCCUCGACCUUCUUCUCUAAGAAGUAAAAUUGAUGCAUGGCAGAUUAUUCCACGUAUUGUUAAACCAAACUCUAAAGACUCUGAAUAUUUAGAGGACAGUGUAGAUCCAGAUGUUAACUUCUUGCCAGAUACGGAGAAAAGAACUAACUGCCACAUGCCCUCAUUACUUGAUAUUGAUGUGGAAGGUCAAAACAGAGACUGUACUGUGCCUUUAUGUAGAAUGAAGAGCAAAACUUGUCGGCCAUCUAUAUAUGAACUGGAGAGAGAGUUUCUGUCGUGA